AUGCCUAUUGAACUUCUGCUCUCGCCGGUGAUGAGGCCGGUGGUUCUUGCCAAAUCGGUUCUUUUCCACCCUCACCGUCGUUCUUCGCGGUAUGUUCCACACAUUAUCGAUUUGGAUGAGGACAACUGCUCUGAAUUUGCCGUGAGAAGACGGUUUGGAACCGGAUCCAAGAUUUUCGACGUCUACGAUACUAAGGCCGAGGGCUCUGGUCCUUUGGGCCCUACCGAGGCCUCCAAAAGACUCUUUUGGUUCGUGAGAUCGAGAGCGGUUAAGGGUGCAUACAAGAUGUAUAACUCGGAAAUUCUGGGCACAGGGCCUAACGGCGAGGACGAACCUUGCGCUGCAUUGAGAGCCGGUUUGAGAUCAAACAUUCUUCUUAUCAGAGCCCCUGAUGUGCCUGUGACCGAGCUUGGAUGGCACAUCAUCAACCAUCGAGUGGACGCGUUAGACCAGUACAGAAUGUUCACUUUAGCUGACGGUGCCACUUACCAGUGGACGACCGAGGGUAAGUUCUUGGAGAAAGUGAGAAAUGUGGGAGAGAAGGAAUCGGAAGUCAGAGAGAGAAUUGGGCAGGUGAUUCCGGCCGGAGCGUCUGGAUUCACCGUUAAGGUUGAUGAGUCCAAGAUCCCUAAAGAGCUGGCUCUUGCCUCUGCCCUAUGCUCGUACGUUGACCAUUGGAACACCAACCUCGCUGUCGGCGGUAUCUACUACGCUAGAAAGUACUCGCAUGUGAGAUGGAAGAGAGACUAG